CUAGAGAACUUACAGAGGGACAUGUCGUACAUAAUGCGCAUCAGGAGCGCUUCUCUAGACGAAGGCAUCGGUCUCAAAGGCGACGCACUAACUCGCCUUCGAAAUCCUCCUACUAGACCGAUCGAGAUCCUUUCCCCUGAAACUCUGCUUACUCUUCGUAUGCUCGAGGCCAUGGAACAUGCUCCCGAGGAGGCUUACAACAAAGUACGGGAUGCCAUAAACGAGUGCUUUACAACGUCAAUCCCCUCCCUCCAUAAAACAAAGGACUGCCUUGCCGACAUCUCUGGAGUUCAGGCGGUACACGAUGACAUGUGUGUUGCGUCCUGUGUCGCUUUCACGGGGGAUAGCGCCCACCUAGAGGAGUGCCCAGACUGCGGGGAGCCGCGGUACGACCAGAAGAAGCUGCAAGAGUCUCAUGGUCGAACCAAGGCUCCUCGCCUUGUCAUGACCACAUACCUUCUUGGACCACAAGUCCAAGCACUCUGGCGCCAUACAGAAACCGCCCUCAAGAUGCAUUACAAGCGCAGACGAACACGCGAAAUUCUGGAGGAAAUUAGACGCAACCCGGGGCACGUUCCUGAUGCAUAUGACGAUAUCUUGACCGGUUCUGCAUAUCUGAACGCUCUUCGUGAGGGAAGAAUCAAACCAACAGAUACUCUGGUUAUGCUAUCAAUAGAUGGCGCCCAGCUCUCGGAUAAGAAGGGAUCUAUGGUCCAUAUUUACACGUGGAUUAUCAUCGACCUUUCCCCCGAGCAUCGCUACAAAAAACGCUAUGUUCUUCCCGGUGGUGUCAUCCCAGGGCCGAACAAACCUAAAUACCUUCCCUCUUUCUUAUUCACAGGUAUGCACCACAUAUCGGCGCUGCAAAAAGAACCUUUGCGUCUUUGGGACGCAUCCGAGGAUCGCCUCUUUCAGUCUCACUUAUUCCUUGUCCUAGUGCUUGCGGAUGGCCCAGGACUUCUCUGCUAUAGUAAUAUGGUCGGACACGGAGGCAAGUACGGCUGUCGCAUGAACUGCGAUCUCUAUGGGCGACGCAUAACCGGCUCUGUGUACUACCCUGCCCUCUUGGAGCCUUCUAACUGGACACAGACAGCGGAUACUCGAGGCGACAUCGAUCCCAGGACGAUAUGCGCAAUCUCGUCAGCUCAAUACAUCGACAAGCUACGGCGUCUUUUGGGCUCUCAAACGGCUGGCACCUACCGCAAAAAUCGCCUUGAGACUGGGAUUGUUGGACCGAGUCUUCUCCUCGGUCUGCAGCCCGAUAAAAUCCUUGGGAUCCCCGAGAAUUUUACUUCUGAGCUCAUGCACUACACGGGAGCCAACAUGCCCAGUCUCUGGGUGAAUCUAUGGCGAGGUAGCAAAGACCUCGUACACACUACUGACGACGUAUCUACUUGGGACUGGCGUGUUCUAACUGGCGAUGUCUGGAUAGCUCACGGUGCUCUCGUCAUUGCAGCGCAUGAGCACAUUCCCUCAUCUCAUGGCAAGCUUCCACGUAAUCCUGAGCAGGCUUGGAACUCGGGCUACAAAGCGCAGGAGAAUAAUGUCUGGCUCUAUGGCCUUUGCCCGGGGCUCUUGUUCGGUGUCCUGCCUCUCGAGUACUGGCAGAAUUUCUGUCGAUUUGUCAAGGGCAUUCGUAUUAUGCAUCAGUAUAGUAUCACUCCGGCGCAGCUUAACGACGCUAGGCAGACUCUGGUCGACUGGGAGCUAGAGUUCGAACGGCUUUACUAUCGGCGGCAAAAAAACCGUCUCCACUUUGUCCGUCCAUGCGUUCAUCUAACACAUCACUUAGCUGCUGAAGCAGCUCGAGUUGGAUCUCCCAUGUGCUCAUCCCAGUAUCCAAUGGAACGAACUAUCGGUAAUCUGAAGGAAGAACUUCGACAGCCUUCAAAUAUAUUCGCCAACCUCGCUCAGCGAGGCCUCUUACGUGCUCAAAUGAAUGCUCUGAAGGCAAUGUAUCCCAUGCUCGAGACCUCCAAGGAUGACCAGGAUCCCUCUGGAUCGAUCUCUCUUGGCGGAGGCUAUGUGUUCCUCUUCAAAAAGGAACGCACGAAUCUCUUGUCCCUGCGUGAAAGCGAGCGUGCUGCAAUUCUGAGCUUUUUUGGUGCUCCUCUGGUGCGAAUACUACGCUGGGCUCGACUCAAGAUCCCCACUGGACAGAUUGCUCGUUCACGAUGGGGAGAAGCGGCCAACUCUCGGUGCACCCGCCGGUCUCGCAAUGUCAAGAUUGUAUACGAGGGAAGAGACCGGUUUGCAGAAGUUGUAUUCUUUGUGCAGCUUCCUGUCGUGCUCCCAGACGGUUCGUUUCAUCUGGACGACACUAACUGCAUGGCCCUUGUAUCUGUCUACUCUGAACCGCACGCAGUUCUUCUCGGGCUCUCGCACGGCCAAUUCUACACGUGUAUACACACGGGUGAUGCAACACUUCGACUGAUCGAUGUCAAAACCAUCCGAUCAGUCGUUGCAAUGAUUCCUCACAAACUCACAGCUUUCAACGACGAAAUGACACGCUAUUUUGUAAUGGAAAAGCUAGGGCUCGAUGUUUUGACUAUUGGAGGUAUGGACGAGCCUGAGGCAACGGGCCUUGAUGAUAGUCUCGAGAUUCGAGACGAAGAUUAUUAG